AUGCGCGGUCUAGGAGCUGUCGCCGCGCUCGCCGCGUCAUUAUCAACGAUAUCUAAAGCCCAAAGCCUCGACGACUUCGCCUCCCCUCCGAAUAUCUACCGCCCCAAGUUCAGAGAUUGCUCCCUUAAGCAUAUCCAAAGCUCAUUAUGCCAAAGACUCCCUGAUGCCGAAGUCGACAUCGAAGCAGUCACACGCGACGUGGCCGAAAUAGCCUCCGUCGGCGCCAGCGGCGUUGACUUUCUACCCUACUACCAGAUCCGCUCGCCCUCAGCAAACUGGUCCACCUACGGCUACGGCAUCAACGCGUCUCGCGCCGUCUUCCGCACGGCGAUGCAAGCGGCUGCAAAUAAUGACCUCUUCGACUUUUCAAUUGGCGCGAACCAGGGGCAGGGCGUGCCCUCGGAGCCGGGGAGCGUUGGGCUAGCGCUGGAGUUGGCAUAUGUCAACGUCACAGUCAUGCCAGGCCACGCAUUCAACGGCAGCCUCCCACUCUCAACCCAGCCUGCGAGCCCUUCUCUGCACCUCUUCAUGCACCCCUGCGAGGAAUUUGGGCAGCAGAAUUUGUCCUUCGUUCUAGCCGUCGAACAAACAACCGCAUCAAACGCUUCAUCCACCGCCGUCAACCUUGGCCGCGUCAUAGACAUCACCGCCUCAGUCGAAAAAUCCACGAGAUUAGUCUUAUGGACACCGCCCAAAGACUCCCAGAACACAAGGAGUAUAAUGGCAUGGUACACACGCUACACCAAACAGCGCUCCAUCGACGCCGCGCCCGACGCUGUGUCGUGGUUGCAGAACGGGUCCUGGGUCACAGACCACUUCAGCGCCGCGGGGGCGAAGAAGUUGACGGACUUCUUUGACGAGUAUAUCAUCCCUGAAGAGGAAGAUAAAAAGCUCCUCGCUCGCGUGGGGAAAUAUGGCAUGUGGACUUCAACCCCAUAA